UUCUAGGGUUUAAUUCAUUCAAUUUCUCGAGGAUGCCUCCUAAAUCGGCGAGGAAGACUGUAAUUGGGGCAGGAUCGAAGCGAGGAGGGAGGGCGGGACGUGGUACUCCGAGGACGCUGAACAAGAAGUUGAAUCCUGAAGAGAUAAAGGCGGAUGAUUCUCCAUCUGAUGUUAAACAUGAGGUCAAGAUCGAUGAGAAUAAGACCGAGGAGAAGAGAUCGGAAAUCACGCCGAUAGUUCCCAAACCUGUGAUUGAACCGGUUACGGAGACUAAACCUGAGAUUGUAUAUGUGGAUGAUGAUGUUCUUCCUUUGAAGAAAGAAGAUGAUAUUAAGGAAUCCACAGAGGAAUAUGAAAAAGAUGAACGAUUGGACUUGGAUGACAAUGAACCUGAUUAUGAAGUUGAAGAAUAUGUUGGUGAUUAUGAUGAGAAGGAGAUUGAACAUGAUGAUGUGGAAAGAGAGGGGGAUGAAGUUGAUGAGGAAGCUGAAAGAGAGGAAGAAGGUGACAUGGUUGAGGAAGAAAUUGAAGAUCAAUGUGAGGAACUUGAGGGCGAGGAAGAAGAUGGACAUGUAAGUGAAGAGCAACCAGAAAUGGCGGAUGGUGAAGAGGAGCAUCAUGAUGUUUUCAAAGAAAGGCGUAAACGCAAAGAGUUUGAAAUCUUUGUCGGAGGAUUAGACAAAGAAGCUACUGAGGAUGAUCUGAGGAAAGUUUUUAAGGAUGUUGGGGAGGUUACUGAAGUCAGGCUUCUCAUGAAUCCUCAAACUAAGAAGAACAAAGGCUUUGCCUUUUUGCGUUUUGCAACUAUUGAACAAGCAAAAAGAGCUUGCACUGAGAUAAAAAACCCAGUGGUCAAUGGUAAACAAUGUGGUGUUACGCCCAGUCAAGAUAGCGAUACCCUAUUUUUGGGUAAUAUAUGCAGGACAUGGACAAAAGAAGCUUUGAAAGCCAAAUUGAAGCAUUAUGGAAUUGACAGUAUCCAAGAUUUGACCUUAGUUGAAGAUAGUAAUAAUGAAGGAACAAAUAGGGGCUUCGCUUUCUUGGAAUUCUAUUCUCGCCCUGUAGCCAUGGAGGCUUUCAAGCGUUUACAGAAGAAAGAUGUUGCAUUUGGAGUUGAUAGACCUCCAAAAGUUUCUUUUGCAGAUUCAUUUAUUGACCCUGGCGAUGAGAUCAUGUCUCAGGUAAAAACUGUCUUCAUUGAUGGACUGCUUGCUUCUUGGGAUGAGGAUCGUAUGAGGGACCUACUCAAGGCAUAUGGAGCCAUCGAGAAAAUUGAGCUUGCACGUAAUAUGCCAUCUGCCAAGCGAAAGGAUUUUGGUUUUGUGACUUUUACCACUCAUGAUUCUGCAAUUACAUGUGCUAAGAAUAUCAACAAUGAAGAAUUGGGCGAAGGAAACAACAAGAUUAAAGUGAGGGCUAGAUUGUCAAGGCCUCUUAAUAGAGGUAAAGGAAAACAUGUCAUUCGUGAUCCUAGGCCUAGACGAGGUUCUACAAGAAGUGGUAGAGCUCCUUGGAGCCGACCACCCAUCCAAAGAGGACCCCCUCCGGUCAGAUCAACAAGAGUAGGAAAUCGUCCACAUCCUCCUUCUGACCGUGGAUUGAAGAGGCCCAUCAGUUCUAGAGAUAGACGUCCUGUUGUAUCUAUUUCAUCUAGAGCCAGGCCAUUGCAUUCCCCACCUAGGUCAUAUGAUAGGAGACCUCCGCCUGGUUUCAUUGCCACAGUCCCUUCAUAUUCUAAGAGUAGCAUGAAGAGGGAUUAUGGCCGACGUGAACAGCCACCACCACCUCCUAGGAGCAGCAGAGAUACAAUUAACUAUGGUUCGAGGGCUAUGGAUGAGAGGCGUCAUUCUCAUAGAGACGACUAUCCUACCCGUUCUUCUGGCUAUACCGAUCUGCCAAGAAGUUCUUCACGAUCGAAGAGACCUUAUGUAGAAGACAGUUAUGGGCAGAGAUACGAAAGGCCUCCUCCUCCACUUCCUCCAAGUUAUCGUGAAGGACGUGAUCGUGAUUAUGAUCCUCUUCCUGGUUCAAAGCGUCCUUAUAGUUCUAUGGAUGAUAUCCCUUCGAGGUAUGCUGAUAGUGGCGUUCCUCAUUCAAGGGCUCGUUUGGAUUAUGAUCUCGGUGGUGGCUCUUCUCAGUAUGUAAAUGCAUAUAGCGACAGUAGGAUGGUGAGAUCUAGUCUAGGCUAUGGUGGUGGAGGCGGUAGCAGCAGAGCUCAUCUUUCGGGUCAAGAAUCGCAUAGUCUCUAUGGAAGCCGCCAUAGUAUGGGUUAUGCUGGAGGUUCUUACGGUGGUGGGGGUAGUAGUCAUAACCAUGAUAUUGGCGGUAUGUACCCUUCAAGUGGGUAUGGUCACGAUAGUGAAUACAUAUCGCGUAGAUCUGAUGUGAGUGGCGGCUCGGGCUCGGGCUCGGGCUCGUACCCAUCAUCUAUGUAUUCUGGUCGUGGGAUGGGCGGCGGUGGCGGCAGUAGCAGUUACAUGGGAGGCGGUUCUGGUUCUUACUAUUAAGCAGUUAUUAUCUAACAUUUAAUUGGAAUGUAUGGAAGAAGUCUGAAGGGGGAUGUUUUUCUUAUUAACAAUGGCUUAAGGAGGUGAUGAAAUAUGUAAUAUUUGAUGGUGUGAUUAAUUAGAAAUAUUUUCAGAAGUUGGGGAUUUUCAAUAUUUAGAUUAAUUGUCUUAAUUCUAGGUUUGUUUAAGAUGGUAUAGUUAUUUUGGAAGGCUGAGGUUAUAAAUGUUUUUUGAUAUAUCA